GUGAUCGCAGCUCCAUGCUCGCCAUUUUGAGCAGAGUGAAGCAGUUUUACAGCACAGGAAUAAAACCAACGCAUUACAACCACCGAGGCCAAAGAUCAGACACAACUGCCGCAUGAGAAUGGAGGACAGCAGUGGUGUUGCUGUUCUUGUGCCUCAGUCCAGAGGCCAGCAGGAUGCCGUCUUUAUUCCUGAUCUUUGUGAUGGGAAAGAUCAGCAACGGCAGCAGCAAAAGCAAGCCGCUGACUCUCUUAUUCAGGUCAUUGAGAAGCUCAGCAAGAUUGUGGAGAAGCGGCCCCGGCCGUGCCCGGUUUCUGGAAAAAAGAGACCCUGUGCUUCUGUGCCGGUUCCAGACAACAGAGACAGCUUGAGUGGUGCCACACCUUGUAAGAGAACCCGAGAGAAGAUGGAGGACCACCCGGGAUCCACCUGCACACCUGGGCAGGAGUUUGAACCGGAUCCUUCCGGUCUAGGCAAUCGGACUGUUACUUGUUACCAGUGCAGUAUGUGCCGAUUUAUCUCGCCCACAUUGGAGUUGUUAAAAGAGCAUUUGCUUCACCACGAUGAGCAGCACACUGACUUCAUUCUCAUGUGCUCAGAGUGCCAGUUUACUUCUAACCACCAGGAGGAGCUAGUGGCACAUGUAAGACUUCACCUGGAGGAGGGGGGCCAUGCGAGGAACAUCACAGAAGAGCAAGGGACAAUGUCAGUGAGGAACGUUCAACAAGGGAUGACAGUUUUGAAAGCUGAAUCAGAGGUUACAUCCACACCGAAGAAGUGGUACAGCUUUGAGCAGGGUAGGUACCGUUGUCUCAUCUGCAACUACGAAUGCAGACAGCAACGCAAUCUGAAGACCCACGCAUGGAGACAUGCUGGCCUUGUUGACUGCUCUUAUCCUAUAUUUGAAGAUGAAGCGGAGUGUCCCGAAACUCUGACAGUACGAACCCAAUGCUCCAGUUCUCCUUUAUUUCAAACAGGAAAGGAAGACACCAUUGUAGUCCUUGCAGCUGUAGAAAAUAAAACUCAGACGGUGCAUGGCUCAUCCAGUCUCCAGCUAGAGCUGUGUGCCUCACCAGAAGUGAAGUGCCAUGGAGAGACUGUAGCUGCGAAAACAAUUGAACCCAUGGUACCUGUCAUUAACCAUAUUAAAGACGUUGAGGAGCCCUUAGUGGAGGAGCAGGUGACCCCAGAGGCGCAAAUGGAACUGGAAUUGGAGACGGAGAGUCAACAGGGAAGCUCUGACAGCCUUCUGUCCUCUGCCCAAAAGAUUAUCAGCUGCAGCAGUAACAGUGCAGGCCACGUCAAUGUCAUUGUUGAACGUCUUCCCUGUGCCGAAGAACCGGUGUCGAGCAAGUCUCUGCUUCUCAGUCCAGAGGUAGGAGGAGACAAGAGUCUUCUUGCAUCCGAUGAGCCGGAGAUGGAGAGCCAUCACCACCCUAUAUAUUUCAAACAAGAGGAGCAGGUUGCAAACGGAUGGACUGGAGAUGAUCCACAACAGGAGAAGGAGAUGGUGUCGUCAGGGUCUACCUCAGAUGAAAGUGUGCCACCGGUUCGUAGAAGAACUUAUUCGGAGUCUCUACGGCUGCAUUCUUUGGCAGCCGAGGUGCUAGUGGCCAUGCCCAUGAGGGCUCCUGAGCUUAACAGAACAAAUGUGAAGAGUAUGCAUGGCAUAAGUGUGCAAAGCCCCGACACAGGCCAGAGAAUUAUAGAGAUUGCUAACCCUAAGACGGUCUCUGGAGACCUCACCGGUGCGAUUGGAGAAGCAGCUGCUCUUCUUAACCACGGCAUACAGGGUAAUAAAGGUCCAAAAGAUGUGCUGGUGGAGGGCCCAUCCAAAGCUGGCAUCAGUAUGUCUCUUUUGACCGUCAUCGAGCGACUGCAAGAGCGGUCAGAUCAGAAUACUUCUGACGAGGAUAUUCUGAAAGAGCUGCAAGACAAUGCCCAAAGCCAACACGGUGGCGGAGACUCUGCAGGUGUUGCUGGACCUGGGGAUGUUUCUGCUACUGAGGGUCUUGUGGAGUAUAUUGCCGGGAGCGAGAGGCCCUACCGCUGUCGCUUAUGCCGUUACAGCAGUGGGAACAAGGGCUACAUAAAGCAGCACCUCCGUGUGCAUAGACAAAGGCAGCCUUACCAGUGUCCCAUCUGUGAGCACAUGGCCUGUGACAGCAAAGAUUUGGAGCGUCACAUGAUCCACCACUGCAAGAGUCGCAUGUACAGCUGCAAACAGUGCAGUGAGAGUUUCCACUACAAGAGUCAGCUGAGGAACCAUGAGAGAGAUCAGCACGGGAUAGAUGACAUCAGCGCCACGCUGACACACGUCACUGAUAGCACAGCAACUGCAGAAGAAUCAGGCAAGCUUGCAGAUGAAGAUUCAGCCAAUGAACAAAGCAUUUUCAAAUGUGAUGUAUGUGACUACACCAGUUCCACAUAUGUUGGGGUGCGCAACCAUCGGCGAAUCCACAGCUCCGAUAAACCAUACAGGUGCUGCAGCUGUGAUUUUGCCACAACUAAUAUGAACAGUCUGAAGAGUCACAUGAAGAAGCACCCACAGGAACACCAAGCCAUGCAGCUACUGGAGCAGUACAGGUGCUCCCUUUGUGGUUACGUGUGUAGUCACCCACCAUCCCUCAAAUCCCACAUGUGGAAACAUGCCGGAGAUCAGAAUUACAACUACGAGCAAGUGAACAAGGCCAUCAAUGAAGCCAUUUCCCAGAGCGGCCGAUCAACUACAACGUCUCUGAAAUCAACGACUGAGACUGCAGAACGUCCUUAUAUUGUCUUAAGCAAAGAAGACAAACAGUCUCUUGAGAUGACCUCUGCUGCAGGGACCGCAUGCACGGGUGCAUCAGAGGGCAGCCCCAUCAGGUCAUCCCCCAACAGGGCUGUGGCGUGGCGGGGUGGCUCAGGGCAGGCGCGACCAGGUAUGGAAUACUGUGUGCUGCUCUUUUGCUGCUGUAUCUGUGGCUUUGAGUCUACCAGUAAAGAGCAGCUGAUGGAGCACAUGAAGCAGCAUGAGGGAGAUCUGAUCAGCAUCAUACUGAGCAAAGAGCAUCAGGAAAAUCAGUCGAAAGAGACGAGCAGCCGCCAGUGACCCACCACGCAAACUGGGCUUCUGUUUUACCUGCUUAGACAAGCAGCAUGCACAACUUCACAGUCGAAAUGUCUUCUUUCCUUCUUCCUUUCUCUCUUUCUUAAUCCCUUUCUUUCCUUCUCACUGUUAAUUUAUCUUUCUUUUGUUGACCUUGUACAUGUAAUUUUAAAGAGAUUUAGUCAAAAAUUAAGUGUAAUUUCUAUUUAAGCACAGGAAAGAGUCAUUUUCAUUGUGAAUUAUGCAAAUGGUGUUUUUUUCAAAGGCAUUUAAUACCUCAUCUGUUAAGGAUAUUUUUAACAUAGAGUCCACACAUGAAUCCAAGGCAGCUUCUCUUAUUCACUGUAAUAUUAUUUAUAUAGUUCUUAUGUGCGUUUACCUUUAAGUUGGCACAUGCCAUGCCAUGUUUGAACAUAGAGUAGCAGAUUUCCUUCGUGCUCUUUAAUGUUUCAGUGUUUGCAUUUUGAUAUUUAUCAAACUAAUUUAUUUUUAUAUGCAUGUUCCCUUCCGUUAUGUUAAUACAAAUAAGACAGCUGGUUUUGAAUUAUGGUCUUUUUGGUGCUAUAUGGUGGUCUUUAUUGGGAAUGAAUCUUAAUACUGUAUAUAAACAGUAGUAUUUUCUCAACAAAACAUGGGAAUACUGGCCCUUAAAAAAAUCGAAAGAAAUAUAUUUUCAUUCUAAAAAGGGCUUGUACUAUCAAAAAGAUAUUAUUAUUAUUGUUAAUGUUAUUAAUAGUAAUAUGCAUAUCAAAAUCCAUUUCAAGUUACUACAAAGUUAAAUGCCAAAACUUGAAGACAUUUUUUUAAAUAAUUUUUCUUCAAUAUCAUUUUAUUGCCGUACGUGGAUAAAGGGCACCUUUAAGAAAAGUCUUUGCAAUUCAUAACUAGGUCUUGGGUUUGGAUAAUUAUAAUAAGCAUAUGUUUUCAUCCGAUCACUACCCCUCACAUUUACUAUAGCCCAUUUGUCAAGCCACCCCUGCUUACUUUGAAUUUGGUUUUUGCAUAUUUACCAAGAUGUGACUUGCAUGCACUUAACGUUUGUAUGUCAACAGUCUAAAAGCACAAUUAGUAUGAUUAAGGGAUGAUCAUAAUUCAUGCAGACUUCUCAACACCGAAGGAAUUAAAUCAUAGGAAUUUACACACACCAGAUUAUUAUACUCUGAGCCUAAUUUACAAUUCAGACUGCAAGUGUGAUCGAAAUAGCUACAUGGUCUGCAUAUAAACCUUGCAAUCAAGUUGAACAUAUUCAUCCUAAUGAAAAUUGAUACUCAGAAACCUUCACGACUUUAGAAAUUGCUUUAUCAUCCAGUCCAAUGUUUAAGCACAAAGAACAUUCAGAGGUUUCAGAAGAUAUGUUUUGUCAUUUUGCAUGUGCACAUUUCCAAGUCUUGUUAAAAUGUAAUGCCGGCAAAGAGUGAUUGGUCUUUAAAGCGUUUCAAUUUCCGUUUCAGCUGUUGCGUUUAAUUUGGAACACAUCAGCAAUGUAAUGCAUCAAAUGCAUUUUUUAUUUUAUUCUGCUAUAUUUGGAAUUACAGCAGUUGUUGCAAUGCACCUGGAAUGUAUAUUUAUCUCAAUUAACCGGCACCUUCAUUUUGAAAACCUAGUGAGAUAAUUGUGUAACAAGGAUAUGAUCUCAGCCACAAGUGUGCCUUCCAUUUCAGCAGCAUCAUCUUUAAAGGAUAUUUCAUCAAGUGUAGAGAAAUCCCAGCAACAUUUGACAUUUUAAUCAGGACAUUUUUCCGUCGGAAUUUUGGUUACAUUGUACUGUAACAUGGUUUUGUAUACGACCUGAUAUAUAAUGUAGAAAACUGACAUUUCUAGAGGAAUUCUAUUUUUGAAAGCUUGUAUAAACACUAAACAAAAUCAGACAAAAAGUAUGAAAAUCACAAAUGACCUUUGACUUUGAGCCAAAGUGUAUCAAAAAAGGUCUUUAAUGGGUGUAAGGGAAUGGUUGGCAUUUGGAACGCAAAACAAGCACAUUACAUGCUGCCAUGCCAAAGGAGAGAAAGAGGUUUCUUGCCGUUUAAAGGCCUUCUGAUGCUGCUUUAAAGUAUUGAAGGUCCAGUUUUUAUAUUAGUGUUUUGUUCACUAUUAUUUAUUUGUUCUGUAUUGUUAUAGUUUUUGCCAGUGUAUUUUUGGUAAUAAAGUAUGAACACCA